AUGUCGACGCUGCCAAAGGAGUCGGAUACAACAACAGUGCAGAUACAUCGGCCGGGCCGUGACGGUCAACCCAACCACGACGUCCCAACCCGGCAAUGGCGCGAGCGCCGACCUCAAUACGCUGCAAAUCGAUGCUUCGCACGCGUCGACGAGACCUAUGAGACUGCAAGAGAAUCUCACGUGCACGCGUUUCCAGCUGUGAGCAACGAGGACUUAGACAUAGCUCUAGAUAUCCUGGACAGUCUUCCAAGCCCCGAAGCCGAAUGCAUCCUAGCAAAGCCUCAUAUUAACCCGUUUGACGGAUGGAUACCGUUGGAAACGACAUGGCUGCUGACUGAGUUGAGAAGUACUUUUGCUGCUGCGUUCGGGUGUGAUGGUGGGAGAGAGCGGUUCACCGAGCUUGCGUCUAUCAUCUUUUCCAAUACCGCGCAAAGAGUUCCUCACACCCAGGUGGACUCAGCAGAGGACUGGUAUACACUUCUUUCCGGGACAAGCCUAAGAUGGGAAACGGUUGGCCUGCUAUUCAGUAGCUGGGCGCUUGCUGCCUUGCAGAACAAGGAAGAUAUUGAUCAAUAUCGGCCGCAUAUUCUGGCUCUGAGGUUUCUGAACAUAAUGGAGAGCUGCAUCCGAUUCUGCCGGGGGAACAGAGCGCAUAAUGUGUUAUUGGUCUAUCUCAUAUACCGAACAAGUAUCGUUUCAUCAAUCUUGCAUGGUACUGGUCCUUGCGCCAUCGGACUGGAUACUCUGCCCGUUACAUCCAUACGAAGUUGCUGCAUAUCGAAACAGUCGGAGCGUCGAUUGUUCGCGGCAAUAUAUGUCCUGGAUAAGGCAGCUUCCGUCUCUGCUGGAAGGCCGCCACUGUUGGCUUCGAGCCGAGGUACUACGGCUUUGCCAUUGGACAUAUCGAACACCGUUCUCGUACACUUUGAAGCUAGCCAGAAGCCAGAUGUUGACUUAUUGAGGAUUGAUGACCAAGGAUGGAACACGGAUGGCGAGAUGUACGCGACAACAAGCCUUCGAGCAAGAGGGCUGAUAGCGCAUAUUCGAGAAGAACUUCUGGCAAUAGCCUUGAACAAGAGGCAAAACCUCCUGCUGGAACUGGCGUAA